AUGGUCAGCGAAACACACCGAAGGAUCGUUUCUUCCCUUUACAGACAGUCACUCCGCCUUUCCAAAAGUUGGAUCAGUCGUCGUGAUCUUUGGCGUGUUAAAGCCCUUGAAAUUAGACAACAAUUUGAUGAAAACAAAAAUGUUAAAGACCCUCGCAAAAUCCAUUACUUGGUGUCCAAUACUCAAGCCUUGUUAGUCAAGUACGCACAUCCUGAUCCUAUUAUCCCUCCUCAACGACCUGGCGGUACUAAAUAUGAACGCAAUGUUUUCCCCCCUCAGGGCGAAGUUAUUAAAGGUGACUGGUAA